CAACUGGAAACAAUUUCAUAGAGCUUUCAAAGCUGACGUAUAAAUAGACCCUUGGAUAUCUUGAUUUUCUUUAUUAAAGGAAAGAAGACAAACACGAUUCUUGCGCCGCAUUUUGACGGCUGCAUCUUGUUCGAGCCGCGUCUGUGACCAUGACUGCAGUAAUAAUAUUGUCGUGCAGCGGGCUAUAAGUCAAACAGCCUAUGUCCUAAGACACACUGCCAGAUUUGGCAGGAAGGCUGAUGUUGACGCUCAACGACGGUCUAGACCUCUCAUGGAGGGAGGUCCUGCAUACAGAACACAUCUCGCUGGAAUCAAUAACUACCGGGUUCCCGAUAAAGGGCGUUACAACUGUGGUUUCUUACAACCCAAUACGAUAGGAAACAAAGCCCAUAUAAACAGUCCAAUAUCGAUCUUCCCUUAUCGUAUGGUAAAAGAAGACAAAUGGUAUAGUUGCUUUGGUCUUGUCUUGGCAAGUGCUGAGAAUGAGUGGAACUGGGACAAGGGUCCUCGAAGCAAGAUGACAUCCAACUCCUCCAAUAAUAGACUGCACUUGUUCCAGUUUAAGACAUCAGAGGCUCCGCUUGGAGCGGCGUUGACAAAGGGUAAAGGCGCAGCAGAGAUCGAAAGAAUAAAGAAAAAAAGAGAGAAAAAACCAAGAGAAGCACAAGGGGCAUUUAGCGAGAAAGGAGAGGUUAAGGAUAUAGUCAUGGCAGACACCUGGACCGUGACGCGUUGGGUUACAGGUGGGUUCGGUGCUGUGAAAUCGCGUGUGAUGGUGUUGCUGCUACUCCUGAAUCAAGAAAUGAUGUAG